GCCCGCGGCCACUACGACCAGCUGCUGCUUCUGCUGCUACUGCAGUGAGCGCCGCCUGCGCCCGCCUUUGUCCCCCGGCCGCGCACCGGGAGGCGGGGGCGCGCGGGGGGCGCGCGGGGCUGUGUCCCGCGGCCGCAGCCGAUGCCGCUGCGCGCCGCCCCCGCCGCCGCGCCGCCCUCCGAGGUUGCGUCCGGGGAAGGCCUGCCCCGCCGAGCUGCGCGCGUUUCCAUGGAGGCGCCCCGGCCGGCCGCGGCGGGGUGCGCCGCCCCGGGGGAUCGCGGCGAAGACGCCCCCGAGGGGACCCUCGACGGGGAGCCCGCGCCGCGCCGCAGCCCCGAGGCGCCGUCGCCCGAGCCGCCCGCCUACCGGCUAGAGGACUUCGAAAUGCUGCCCAUCGUGGGCACAGGGACAUUCGGAUGUGUGCACCUGGUCAAGGAGAAGGCGGCCCAGCAGUGCUUCGCCCUGAAGGUGAUGAGUAUCCCUGAUGUGAUCCGGCUGAAGCAGGAGCAGCACGUGUACAAUGAGAAAUCUGUGCUCAAGGAAGUCAGCCACCCGUUUCUGGUCCGGCUGUUCUGGACAUGCCACGACGAGCACUUCCUCUACAUGCUGAUGGAGUUCGUGCCAGGCGGGGAGCUCUUCACCUACCUGCGGAACCGCGGCCGCUUCACCAGCAACACGGGCCUCUUCUACUCCGCGGAGAUCGUCUGCGCCAUCGAGUACCUGCACUCCAAGGAGAUCGUUUACAGGGACUUGAAGCCGGAAAACAUAUUGCUGGAUAAAGAGGGUCACAUCAAGCUCACCGACUUUGGAUUUGCAAAAAAGCUGGUGGACAGGACGUGGACGCUCUGUGGGACUCCGGAAUAUCUCGCCCCCGAAGUGAUCCAAAGCAAGGGCCACCGGAGAGCUGUGGACUGGUGGGGGCGCUGGGCAUUCUCAUUUUCGAGAUGCUUUCAGGGGCAGGUCUUAAAUGCCCUAGAUGAGAUGAGACUGGCCAACAAUACCCUCGUAUACUUUACAUCGGACCAAGGGGCACACGUGGAAGAGGUGACUUCCAAAGGAGAAAUGCAUGGAGGAAGCAACGGGAUCUAUAAAGGAGGAAAAUCUAACAACUGGGAAGGAGGCAUCCGGGUUCCGGGCCUUCUGCGAUGGCCUGGGGUGAUUCCUGCUGGGCAAGAGAUCGAUGAGCCUACCAGCAACAUGGACUUGUUUCCUAUGGUAGCCAAACUUGCUGGAUCCCCGUUGCCCGAGGACAGGGUCAUUGACGGACGCGACAUGAUGCCCCUGCUUCGAGGGAGAAGCCAACACUCGGAGCACGAGUUCCUCUUCCAUUACUGCAACUCCUACCUGAAUGCCGUGCGCUGGCACCCGCCAAACAGUGAGUAAACCCACCUUCCCACGUGCUUCAUCCUUCCUGCAGCCGUGGGGGGAAUCGAUGGAACGAGCGUGGUCUCUGCUCUGCAGAGCCCAGUGGUGCCGAAACGCGCAGGUAUGCUUUGCUUUCUGCUCCCUUUUCCUCCUGCUCUUUUCUCCUUCUGCUUCUGGGGACCUCAUGGCUCAGGUACUCAGUGUGGGACUGGGCCACUCACCCACCUUUGCGCCGCCAGGGCUCCUCCUUCCAGGGGUAGCUCCAGGUUUCAUAGGGGCCCGGGACACCUUCCCCCGUUGGAUCAAAAUGCUUUCAUGCCACCAUACUUCCCCAACGAGUGUCCUUUGAAUUGUGCUCUCCAUCAAUAAUGGCAUCUCAUUCAGUUUUUUGGUACCAGUUCCAUAAUUUUAUGUCUAACAAGUGUAAAGGAACAAAUGGAGCCAACCUAUAAUCUAAAGUGUUGUUGUAGGUAUUAAGGACUGUUGACUGUAUAGUUGAAACUUGAAUUUGCAGUUGUGUUCUCAUGGCUGACUCAGAUGCUUGGAAUCUGCAGAAAUCUGCAGUGCAUGCAACCGUUGUACAUUCUUGCGGCAGAAACUGAAGUUGGCCUUUCAGGCCCCUCUUGAGAGAUUAAGUACUUCUCUUUGCUCUCGUAUGCUUUGGGGCUCAGCUCCUAGAGGCCAGGCUCCCCCAGGCCAUCCAGUAACCUCCCAGUUAAUGGCCCUUUGUAAACUCAUGGUGAUCCUUCAACUGUUUUCCCAUUGCUCUCCCCACCCUACAAACCCAGCCGAUUUACAAAGGACAUAACUUAAAGGGCUGCCUACCCAUCCUUCUUUAAGGUGGAAAAUUAUAUCCGCUACAUUAUCCUCAGAAAUAACACCAAGUUUCCCCUUCAACAUUUCUUUAGAUCUGGGCAGCUUCCUUGCAAUGUUUUCUGGAAGACAAAAUAAAAAAAUACGGGUUAUGAUUUUAGACAUGGAAAGAUUUUAUUUAUAUAUCUCAUCUUCAUGUCCACAUUCUUAAUCUCCAUGGGAGCCCUGUUUCCUUUUUUAUGUUGAUUUAGAGCGUUCAGGUCUGAACCGUGUAAUAAAUGAGACCUCUACCACUCCCGAUUCUUUCGAUAUGGAUCCUGCAAAAAAAAAAAAAAAGUAGAGAACCGUUUCUGUGACAUCCUGACCCCUGGGAAACUGCAUUUAAAUAAAGCCAGUCCCCCUUAGAGAGGCAGGGUGGGACAUCCUGGAUCAGGGCUAAGGAGCACAGUAUGUGUGGGAAUCACAAGUAAAGGCACAGGAAGAGACAGAAAAUACCAAGUGAGAAAAGCAAGCCCAGUUUCUGAUGGGCAGCUGGCGCUGGGAUAAAAUCUGUUUCUCAGACGGAUGCAAAUGUUAUUUCCACUUGAUGCAUUCCUUACAGUCUUCUGCUUUAAAUUGGCAAUAAAAAAAAAUCACUUUAUCUCAAUACUAGAAUUGUUCAUCUCCCCAAAGGGGAGCAAUAAGCCAUGGAAUUUGUGAACCGUCUAUUUACUUUUCAAAUUAUAGCUAGAACUCUGCAAUGAUGGUUACCGACUCGGCUUUCAGGCACGGCUCAGUGUUUAUUAGCCAGCACUUUGUCUAUUCACUUCUUCUGCAAAUGCUUAUUGAUCGCCUAAUAUGUGAAAUGCACUGUGUUGGAGGCACUGGCAAAAUAGUCUACGGAGGAGUUGCCUACAUCUUAGAGUUUUGUGCUGUGGAACGUGAAUCUCAGCGGGAGGGCUUUGUCGAUUAGGGAAAGCUGGUACUAGUUAACCGAGCCUGCUUGGACCAUCUCUGGUUUACUCUGGUUGGAGAUUCUUAGGAAUCACUGGAAUCCAUAAAUCUUAGGGGUAAGAAGGCUGCUGCCUGACCGCAAAACACUUGGUAGAAAGUAAAAGAGAAAUUUCAUUGCAGUGUUUAGCCAUUGGCAGCCCUGUCCUGGAGGUCACUCCUAAUUGUUCAGGAAUCUUGCCCGCUGGUUCUUCAAGCAUUGGUAGCUUGAAAUUGGCCAGGAUGGAGAAUUUGCACCAUGGAAAUUGGCAAGCACUACAAAUCAGGGCUUUAUUCCUCCUGCAGAGGGCUGGUUUGGCAGCAGUUCACUGCCACCAGGUAAUUAGAACUGACUGAAAAUGUUUUCUAAGAUACAAUGACUAUUUGUCCUGAUUAGUUGGAGGAUUACAUUUGACAAUUCCUGACUAGUUAAAUACUUAUAUUCAGAAAGCAUAGAACAAGAAUUCUGUUUCCACCUUAAAAAAAAAAAUCCUUUUAAACGUUUAUAUGUCAUUUCUUGUCUGUAACUUAUUUAGUUGUCUCAGUGAGUUGCAUGAUAAAGUUUAUCAAUGAUCUGAUACUAUUAUCCCUGUGGCAUUUUAGAAGAACCCAUGAAAGCAUGAUUAUACCGUGGAACUCUGAGUUAAAUAUUGCCAUUUUAUGUAUGUUAAAAUUUUGACUUUAAGUUUUGACAUGUGAAUUGAUGCUAUUAAUAUUUAAACAGAAAGGCAACCUGAUUUUACGAUAAAAUUUAUCUUAGAAGGUAGGUAGAUAUUUGGCUCUAGGAGUACAUUGAAGAUUUCCCAUUUGAUCAGUAUAGACCAAAAUAAAUAAUCACAUUAGUAUGAGAAUUAAUAAAUCAGCUUGUGUUACCAAGAUUUGUGGCAUGGCUAUGGGCCAAUUCUAGAAAACAUUGCAAUGUAGAGCACAAUUAGUAGUUUAAAGUUUGUCUGUAAACAUGUAUGGGAUUUUGACAUCCUCUAGAAAAAAAACAGCUUUAUUUGAUUUUUCUUUUUGGCUUCUGUGGGGAAAUAAGGUCUCCAGAAAGCUGCAGUGGUGGAGAGGAGAACAGGAUGUGGCUAGCAUUCCUCCCCUUGGAAAAGAACACGUCUGUCCCCCUGCGGAACCAGCAGUGCCUCACAGAUCAUGCUCCAUUUCAAUUCAGGUUCAUUGGAAAAUUUUAUUGUGCUGUGAUUAAAAAAAAAAUGAAGCAUCAUUUUUUUUUUAAUUCCAUCAAACUUAAUAGGAUAAUAGAAAACAUGUGUUUUUGUCUGACUUUUCUAAAAGGUACCUUCCUUCCAAAAUAAGUAAUAAUAGCUUAACAUCAAAACUGCAUUGCCGUCAUAAGGAAGCAAGAGUUCCUUUCUCACUCUUUAAAAUUGUUUUCAUUCCAUUAAAAAGGCAAUUUCUCUUUUAAAAUACACCUAAUAAAAGAGAGGAGAUUCUAUUUACA